AAGCAGUUAGUACGUUUUUAUUAAAGUUGCUAAUGUUAACGUUUGUAAUUACUUUUUUUCGUAUUAGGGUCGAUGCAUAGAGAGGAAACUAGUAAAAACGUAUACGUAUAACGCGACGAAUUUUCUUUAUUCCGAGAUUAUGUUUCUAUCCGUCUUUAACUUUAAAAUGUUCAUGGUCAAGGAUAAAAGUGGGUACGAAAUGACGUUAUGUUUCUUUAUUUUGAAUUUUCGACGGUUCAUGCUAAACUGUUGGCAGUAUUCCGAACGAUACUUAACUGGUUAAAGACCGAUUAAAAGGAAACACAGUGAAAGUGUAACUUGGUGAUACUUAUUUUUCUCGGAAAUCUUGUAUUACGUAAAAAAAAUUCACGUAUGUAUACCGAAUGCAAUUUUAUGUAUAAUCACGAACAUGUUAUACGUUAAUAUUUCGUAUAGAUUUAUAUUUAUAGAUAUUUAGAUCCGAAUAAAAGUAAAAGUGAAAGUUACGGGUGUUAUAAAGACGCGAAUCUUUACGUUACACGUUACCUCGUGUAUUACAUUUAUUAAGAAAUAGAUAAUAAUCUGUGAAGGUUCCAAAGCAUUUAUCCAUCGAUUUGAGAAACACUGGUUGCUAGCUUCCUCGAGACACGUUGAGUGUAUGCGCGUGUAAGUUAGUUUAGCGCGUUCGUGUGCAUCGUGGUAGGAGCAUAUAAAAAUCCGCAGCGGGGGUACCGACCCACAGAGUGCUCUUUGACACGUGUUUGAAAACAGUGCCGAUAGAUAUUGCAUUUUGCAUAAACGCUCGACUGCAAACGGUUUACAAUCCAUUUUCAUUGUAUUUCUCUUCGAGUUAGUGGAUAGAUCAGAACUUUUCGAUGACUCUAAAAGCAACAAGAUUUCCUUAUUUCAGGAAAACGGGUCUGAACGGGCGACUAGCGUUUGCUAUUUGUGCUGCUGCACUUGGAUCAUCGUUUCAACAUGGGUACAACACUGGUGUCGUCAAUGCACCUCAGCAGCUCAUCGAGGAUUGGAUCAGUAACCUGAAGAUGAAUCGUACCGGUGUACCAACGAAACAGUCGGAAGUGACGAUGAUAUGGUCGAUAGCGGUGUCGAUAUUCUGCGUGGGUGGUAUGAUCGGCGGUUCUUUGGUGGGCUCGGUAGCCGAUCGUUUCGGUAGAAAGGGUGGUUUGCUAUUGAACAACAUUCUGGUUCUCUUGACGGUCAUCUUCGAGGGUUGCGCGAAGACGGCGAAAAGCUACGAGAUGAUAAUCAUUGGAAGAUUUAUAAUCGGUAUUAACUCUGGGUUGAACGCUGGUCUGGCACCCAUGUAUCUAGCUGAAAUAUCACCUAUUCAUCUACGAGGAGCCGUCGGCACAGUCUAUCAAUUAGUUAUCACUAUGUCUAUUCUGGUAUCACAGAUUCUCGGACUGGAACAAGUACUGGGUACGGCCGAUCAAUGGCCGCUUCUUUUAUGUUUGACGAUCGUUCCUGCGAUCUUUCAAAUAAUUACCCUUCCCCUAUGCCCCGAGAGUCCAAAGUAUUUACUGCUCAGCAAAGGAAAGGACAUGGAGGCGCAAAGAGCUUUGUCUUGGCUCCGUGGUACGAUCGAAGUUCACGAUGAAAUGGAGGAAAUGAGAACAGAAUACGAAUCAGUGAAACUUGUACCAAAGGUCACGCUAAAAGAAUUGUUUGUGAAUUCUGCUCUUAGAAUUCCAUUGAUGAUCGCAAUUAUGAUUAUGUUCGCGCAACAAUUGUCAGGUAUAAAUGCCGUGAUGUUCUUCUCGACGAAAAUUUUCAUGAUGGCACAAUUGGAUAAGAACGCGGCCCAAAAUGCAACGAUGGGAGUCGGGGCGAUGAACGUUCUCAUGACUUUUAUUUCUUUGAUACUCGUUGAAAGAGCUGGACGAAAAACGUUGCUUCUUAUUGGAUUCGGUGGAAUGUUCAUCGACACUGCUUUACUCGCGGUCUGUCUUGUUUUUGCGGAUACGUCUAGCACAGCUGCGUACUUCUCUAUUGUCUUAGUCAUCAUGUUCGUGGUCCUGUUCGCGACUGGACCAGGAAGUAUUCCUUGGUUCCUGGUGUCUGAAUUGUUUAAUCAAUCCGCAAGACCUGCAGCAACAUCCGUUGCUAUCGCGAUCAAUUGGACGGCGAAUUUCAUCGUCAGUAUCGGUUUCCUGCCGCUACAAGAAGCGCUAGGUGCUUACGUAUUCAUCUUAUUUGCCGUGAUACAAGCAUUCUUCGUUUUCUUCAUCUACAAAAAGGUGCCAGAAACGAAGAACAAGACGAUGGAGGAAAUUAGUAGCAUGUUCCGACAAAUAUCGUACCAGUAAGAACACGUAUAUUAUUACGGCGCUUAAGAAAUUUAUCGCAGGGAAAGAAAAAGAAACAACUGUGUUUUUAAAGAAACGUUUUCGAAGACGAAUUAAUCGAACGUAAAUGUGAAUUUCUUUGAAAAAUUCGUGACUUGACUAUGAUAAGAUGCUGAAAGCGAAUCCGUUCUGAAUACAUUAUUGUUACAAUGUUUAAAAAAUUAUUAAAAAUAUUCCAUUUUUAGAUGGAACAGGAAAUCAAAUAAUUUUCUAUUUUAACGCAAUGACGAAUUAAAUAAACACAUAAGCUUUUUAUUCGUAGUUUACGCGCACGUUACACGCUGUCAAGUUGCGCAUAUUUUUUGAGGAAGUUUCAUUUUUAAUUGAACGUAAACUUAGUUCCUACUACUACCGGCACAGUAAACUUAUCGCGACAAACGAAAAGCAUAAUCAAAUUGUACGAAUAGUACACCCAAUUUUACGAAUUUUACGAAUUUUACGAAUUUUACGAAUUUUACGAAUUCUAUUUUUUUCAUUUUAACCUAACAAAUUUUCAAAUUGCUUUUUAAUUCUUUUUUUUCGUUUUACGAACAUUGAAGUUUCAGCGAGAAUCGUAAUAUUAUCGCGUACUCGAGAUACUUUAAUUAUGUGUAGAAAAGCAAACUGGGCUCAAUUUUAAAGGGACAAAUAGUUUCUUCGUAAAAUUAUACAUUGUUGAAGAUUAGAGGAAAGAAAGAUUAUGCGAAAUUAUUAAUAGGAAGAGAGACUAAAGAUAACAAAAUAUUAUAACUUACAGUUCCUUAAACAUAAUCGAGGGAAUUAAUUAAAAAUCGUUUGUUGUUACAUUUACUAUGACAUCAUUGUUUAAAAAGGAGUUAAGAAACGAUAUUAUUUAAUUGCGAUUAUAGUAAACGCUAUUACUCUAGUCAUAAGAAUACAAUAUGUUUGCAUUGAAUCGAGAUACGAAACUUCCAAGUGACAUACUUUCUCUCAACGGAUUGUUAUGUCUUUUACAUUAUUACGGAAAAUGUUUCUUCUGAUAGAAUUUCAAUUUUAUCGUAAAUUGCGUUUUUUUUUUCUUAAUUUUCUUUCUUUAAAUUCAGACUAUUUAAAACGCUUGAAAUAGCGUAUUACUGCUGGAAGUUAUAAGAUUCGUUCAAGGAUAAAUUUUGCUAUUGUAAAAAUCUUUUUCUUCUUUUUUUAAUAGACGUAUUGUAAAGAUUAUGUUCGUGCAAAUGUUCAAGUUUAUACUAAAGGCUAACGAAAUUCAUUGUACGUGUUUACAUAUAGAAUGUGAAAAUUUUAUUCAAACGAGGAUGAAGUAAAGGAGAUACUGUAAUAAUUGUACAUAGAAAUACGCAACAUUGGAUAGCAUUACAUAUAGCGUAGAGGAGAACUAUAUUUAUAUAUUGCAUGUAAUUAGUUAAUUUUUAAAUACCUUGUACCAUUGUUGUUAUAUUUAUUAGAUAUUUAAUGAACAUAAUGUAAACGAUAACAAAGAAUUAACAUGUAGGUUAGAAAAACAUAGACAACGUUCCGCCGUGAAUUAUGGAUUGACUGUACAUGUUUUUAUUUAUCGCGUACAUCUUUGGAUCCGAAUAAUACUCAAAUAUAGCUAUAUUCUUGAUACUUUAAACUUUAAACGGACGUGUGUUUCUACGGUGUGCCAGUAAAAGUGACAAAAAAAGACAUGAUUUCCUUAAUUGAUUUUUUUUUUAAUCUCAGACGCUCAACGACGUAAAAAAUUUAUAAGUGGAACUGAAAAAGAAAAGAUUGUAAGAUAUAAGCCUAAAUUAUGUAUAUAAUAUUAAAUUUAUAUGUAAUUCCAAAAUAAUAACUGAAAUUAACAUAAUAGUUCGACUUAUAAAGCAGUUUUUACGCGAUAAAAUGGAUUCAAAGAAUUUCCGGUUUUGAUCAAGUUUUCCUUAGAAGUAUAUAUCUGUUACGUGAACGACUGGAUUUCAUAGUAUAUUAUUUUAAGAACGGAAACGAUCAUAACAGUAAAUAGAAAAUAUAGACAGAUAUAGAGAAAAGGGGCGAUAAUUUAUAUUAUAGAUUGUCUCGUGAUUACAAAGUAAAGAAUCAUUUUGAGCAAACAUUGUUUCGAACAAUUCAAACGACAAUAAGUUUCUGCUAUUAAUUACUACAAGUGCAAAGUCCGCUAUAAUACGCGGUUUUCAACAAAUCUGUAUCGUGAUCUUAAAUGUUGCUUAAAUGUUCAAAGUAACUGAAAUUUAAACGUAAAAGGUGUCGCUCCUUUUUCUCUUAAUCGAUGGAUACGAAUUUUUUUUCAGUAAACUGUCCGCGUACGUUUCAAAAGUUCAAAGAUCUAAAUUUAUCGUGUGUGUACAAAUUUUUUUAGUACAAUGCAAUGCGUUCGUAAUUAAGCCUGAAAUUUUUGUUCAUCGAUUAUUGUCGUUGUAAGCUCUUUGCGGUACAAUUUAUAGCAUUUAGUGUUAGCUUCUUCUUUUAUACGAAAGAUCCAUAUUGAUUCUUUUGCUUCGCCAAAGAAUUGAUUAUACAUAUCUAUAAGACGUAGCGAAAUAAUUUUUAAAAUUCGCGCGUCAACCGUCAUCGUGCGCUAUUAAUUUUAUUAUUUGCACGUUAGAGAGUCAUCAUUCACGAUCAUUGCGAUUAUUUAAAUUAUUUUUGCAGUACAUUGGUCUCACAGUUCAUCACAAAACAUGCAUUACAAACUGUUACUUAUGGUGCCAAUGUACAUAUGUUUAAAUCGAUAUAAUCAAAAUUCUGUAUAAUAUUAUCGAUUAUGAGAAUUACGAUCAAUGUCAAUCAUUAAAUCAUGUAUCAUCAAAUAAAUAAAGAUUUUCAUCAGUUUCGAAAUGGA